AUGCGCCAAUCUUCGCGCACAGCUCCCGCAGCUCUUGCGGUGACAGUGAAUGCUGCAUCGCUUUCCGAUGUAUGCACUGUAUCCAAUGUUCAGGCCGCAAUACCUGCAAAUGGAACCUUGCUAGAUAUCGAUUUGAUCCCUUCAGCCGUGACAGCGGGCGCUGUCUACAAUGCAUCUGCUGGUAUGGGUAGCACUACCACCUACACCUACUGUAAUGUUACAGUAACCUACACCCACACUGGAAAGGGCGAUAAGGUGGUCAUAAAGUAUGCUUUCCCAAGUCCUUCAGAUUUUGAAAAUCGCUUCUACGUCGCUGGUGGAGGUGGUUAUUCUCUUUCCAGUGACGCAACUGGAGGGCUUGCAUAUGGCGCCGUUGGUGGUGCCACUGAUGCAGGGUACGACGCCUUCGACUACAGUUAUGAUGAGGUAGUUCUAUAUGGCAACGGAUCUAUCAACUGGGACGCGACGUACAUGUUUGGGUACCAAGCAUUAGGUGAGAUGACUCAGGUUGGAAAGACGCUUACGAAGGGCUUCUACGGCUUUUCCGAUGACACAAAGGUCUAUACCUAUUAUGAAGGAUGUUCGGAUGGAGGAAGAGAGGGUAUGAGUCAAGUUCAGCGCUGGGGCGAGGAAUACGAUGGAGUUAUUGCAGGUGCUCCGGCUUUCCGUUUCGCGCAGCAACAAGUCCAUCACAUGGAUAAAAUUGUAAAUGCUACCAUCGCUGCUUGCGAUCCUCUCGAUGGACGAACAGACGGUGUGGUUUCUCGCACAGAUCUUUGCAAGCUUAACUUCAACCUCAGUUCGAUUAUCGGCGAAUCAUACUACUGCGCAGCAACUACCCCCUAUUCUCUCGGUUUCGGAUUCAGUAAGCGUGCACAAGGUAGUACAACCAGCACUACACCUGCCCAGAAUGGAACAGUGACUGCUGAGGGUAUCGCUGUCGCUCAAGCCAUCUAUGACGGUCUCCACAACUCCGAUAACGAGCGUGCAUACCUUUCCUGGCAGAUUGCUUCCAACCUUGGAGAUGCCGCUACCACGUACAACAACAACAUUGGAUCCUGGGAACUUAGCAUUCCAUCUACUGGAGGAGCGUAUGUCACCAAGUACGUUCAAUUGCUCGAUCUCGACAAUCUUUCCGACCUUGAUAACGUUACUUACGAUACUCUUGUUGAGUGGAUGAACAUUGGUAUGGUGAGAUAUAUGGAUAGCUUACAAACUACCCUCCCUGAUUUAACUACUUUCCAAUCUUCUGGGGGUAAGUUGCUUCACUACCACGGUGAAUCCGAUCCAAGUAUUCCAUCCGCCUCAUCCGUACACUACUGGCAAUCCGUUCGUUCCGCUAUGUACAGCAAUGCUACUGCUGAAGAGGGUCUAGAGGCACUCCAGAACUGGUAUCAAUUCUACCUUGUUCCUGGUGCAGCCCACUGCGGAACCAACUCUCUUCAGCCUGGUCCCUAUCCCGAGGAUAAAAUGGAAAUUAUGAUCGACUGGGUUGAAAAUGGAGUCAAGCCCAUUGCUCUCAAUGCAACUGUAUCUUCGGGUACAUAUGCAGGCGAGACUCAGAUGCUUUGUCAAUGGCCAACUCGUCCUCUCUGGCAGAGCAACAGUACUACUUUCGAUUGCGUCCAUGAUGAGGCUUCGAUUGAUAGCUGGACUUACACCUUUGAUGCAUUUAAGAUUCCUGUCUACUAA